CAGCAAAAGAGACAAUCUCCUUGUCGGAAGGGUAAAGCUCCCGUCUUCCGUUCGAGGGAAAAAGUGACAGUUCCGAAGUCGGAGCUAAACGCCUUAACUAUGGCAACUCGAUUUACGCAUACGAUUUCAUUGGCGAUACAAAAUCGAACAGCAGUUAAUGGUAAAUUAGAAGAACUGUAUUCGAAAUCGCAACAGCAGUACACUUUGGAUACGUUAACACCAAUGGACAAUCCAGCAGAUAUCGCUACCCGAGGAGCAGAUAAGCACACCUUGAUCAACCCUUACUCUACUCUUCUUCAAAAACCUGAUCACAAAGAUAAAACCACGCCUACAACCACGUAUCAUGGACCCAAUUCCAUAACUCCAGGGAAUCACAAACAACUGUAUCUCAGCUGCCGGAAGAGAAAUGGCACUACAAGUGACCCUUCAAACGCAACGGAACGCACUGAAGCAACUGAAACUACAAAAGGAUCAGUAUGGUUCCAUUUUGAUGUCGCGGACGAAUGGCAAAUGCAGAGCUCGCUUUUGAGUCAGGUCAACUUUUUUUGUAGCCAAGAAAAGCGAACUUGCGAGGAUAAUAAUACAGCAUAA